AUGGCAUCAGCUGAUCCAAUAUUAUAUUCUGCAAAUUGUCGCCGGAAGGAAUUCGAAGACCUAUUACGCCAAGACCCAUUGAACAAAAGCGUGCGGAUAGAGUAUGCCAAGUGGGAGGAGGAAGAAUCCCCGCAACACUUGAGAAUUGAGCGGGCGCGUUACAUUUGGCUGUGCGCCGUGGCAGCAGAUCGCAGGGAUCAUACCAUGUGGUCUAACGUGUAUUCGUAUGGAAGAAGUGAUGCUUGGAAAUGUCGGUGUGGCUCGGGAGAUUUUCGAGGACUGGGUGACACGGAGACCAGGCCGGCAACAGGUACUUGGCUUAACUUUGCUAAGUUUGAAGCCAAGUACAGAGACAUUGCUCGUGCGAGAACCUGUUUUGACAAGGCAGUGGAUCAGCUGAUGGCGGUGAAAGACAACGUUCAUGAGGAAGGAGCCGAAGCAGCAGAGCAAUUGUUUCUGGCUUAUGCCGAGUUCGAGGAGAAAUGUAACGAGGUCGAGAAUGCCCGACGAAUUUACAUAAAAUCGCUUGAACAUUUCUUACUCCAGGGGGUUAAAUCCGAGAAAUUGUGUAGCAAGUUUGUGGCAUUUGAGAAUCUAUAUGGAGGAGGAGACAGAGAAGGUGUUGAUGAAGAUGAUAUUUUGUGGAAGAAAAGAUUUGAGUACGAGGAUGAAGUCCGGAAGAAUCCAUUGAGUUAUGAUGCCUGGAUCAAAUAUGCAACGCUGGAGAGAUUUUCAGGUGGAAUGGAGCGAGCAAGAUCCAUUUUUGAGCGUGCUGUUGAUCAACUCAAACUAGACACGCCUGAGUUGUGA